GAAAUGUGUUAAGUCUUCGUUGAAGUGCCGAAGAGACGAGUCCAUGAGAAUUCCUAGUCAUUUUCCGUCUAUUUUUAUUUUUGAUUUAGUUUUUGUUGGUCUUCGCAGCAGAUUGAAACAAACCUGUGUGCCUGGGCAUGUAUUACAGUCUUCUCUUGGCUUCGGCGCUGUUGUUUUUUUGCACACCGUCAGGUGAAUCCACCGAGAGCGGUUCUCCACAGAACCUUCAUGGUCCGGUGAAGAUCCGGGUCUUGACCGGUAGUUUCGCAGUUCUACCCUGUGCGUUCAACACCACCAGCAGUCCUGGCUUCCCGACGGCAGUGGAGUGGUCCAAGAAAGACCUGAAGGACGACAUCGUCUUUUUGUACCGCGAUGGCCGUGAAACGCACGAGCUGAAGAACCCCGCCUUCGAGUACAGGACGAACUUCAUCCUGAAGGUGCCGAAAUACGGAAACGUCUCCCUGAGGAUCUCAGAUGUGCGGCUGUCUGAUGCUGGGACUUACUUGUGCAAAAAGCUGUGGAAGAGUUCGCUUCGUGACAUCACAACGGUGGAACUCGAAGUGGCUGCGGUUUCUGAGCCAAGACUCUCAGUGGUUUCUGGGGGGCGUGCCGGCGUGACUGUGCAGUGUGAGGUGGGCUGCUGGCUGCCCGAACCUGAGAUCAGGCUUCUGGAUGAUCGAGGAAAUGAGCUCCCUGCUGAGAACAAGGAAAAAGGAGAAAAAACAGCUGUUGGAUGUUACACGGUGAAACGAAGAGUGACCCUCCAAGAUGCAACCAGCAGUGUCCGCUGCGAAGUUUGGGAAUCACAGUUCAACCAGUCCAAGGACACGAAAAUCAACUUACCAGACAACUGCCUGGCAUCCUCCGUUCUGCUGUUGAUCAUCGGGUGGACUCUUUUUGGCAUACUGGCGUGUGCAGUAUGUGUCGUGUGCCUCUGGAAGAAAUUCUGCAAAAGCGUCUUGUGUCUUUGUCUUCACGCAGGAAAUGAACGGAAACUUCCGGUGAUUCGGCACUCUUCCAGUGAAAGUAUUGUCAUUGGUAAAUCUGAAAAGCAGUCGCUACUGGAGCAAAACCACAUUGUUGAUCUGCUGACCAAGGAGAACGAGAAGCUCAAGUCAGAGCUUCAGAAGGCCAACAACCGGCUGCAGAGAAGAGACAAACCUCAACGUGGUCUAGCUGACAAACAAAAGGUUGUUUGCCAGCAAGACCAACCAACGGUUAACUCUUCAACACCUUGUGACAAACGUCCAACAUUACCCAACCAACCCCCAUGCAUGCGUUCAAAACCCGCAGUCCAAAGGCAGAAUAGCAAUCCCGGACCCCCCCGCCCAAUCCAAACAACCCGUCGCAACAUCAGUAGUCCGGAUCUGUACUCGGGUAACACUGCAGCAUCGUCCGUUUCUCCUUCAAGAGGCGUCACCGCACAGUCAAAACGACACCGUUCUAUGAGCGAAGGUUUCUCCAGUCGUGAUUCAUACCCCCGAAGGCCCCAGCGCAGACAGUCCUUUGGGACAUCAGUCCUGUCCAACAACCCGUACGGUCCACUAGACAAACUGAACGAAGAGUCUGACGGGUGAAUGUCUUGAGAGGAUAAGCCUGCUCAUUUAGCUUUGGGUGUUUUACUUGACAGAGCUGAAUUAGUUUUGGGGGUCCCCCCCUUUGUUGGUAAAUGGGUCACUGCCGUGAUGUCACCAGCCUGGGGGGUGUGGUUUUGUCAGACGGGAAGUUCAGAGCUGAGCGUGAGUCUGUCCAUCAGUUCUCAGGGGCACACAAUGCAACUGACACCGUUCUGCCUGACGCUGGCGUGUCUGCGAAUCAGCCCGGACACGUCCCAGUUCUAUCGCUACUCCUCCGUUUCCCUGAGCUGCGUCCAUCACUCCAACACGUCGGGCUGGAAGGUGAAGAGGAAUACCUCGGAGGGCGGAGUCACAAUGUGCUCCUCCAGCUGGGGCGCAACCUCCUCGGGCUCGACUUGCACCAUUGGAAACGUCUACUCACUGGACAGCGGCACCUACUGGUGUGAAUCUACAGACGGGCAACAGAGCAAUGGCAUCCACGUCAACGUCACAGACGGGUCUGUGAUCCUGGAGAGCCCGGCGCUACCGGUGGCCAUGGGAGCGACCUUGAUUCUGCGCUGCAGAGCUCAGGGGCACCCGCCCAACAGCCUGUUUCAUUUCUACAAAGAUGGCCGCCUGAUCAGCAGCGGCUCCUCGGAGAUGACCAUCUAUAACGUUUCCAAGUCCGAUGAGGGACUCUACAAGUGCCGCCUCUCUGGAGGCAACGAGUCACCGUCUAGCUGGCUGAACGUCGACGCGUCACAUCCUUCUUCAACCUCACAACCAUCUGCAGCUUCAUGUCCACGUUCUGUCCUUAGACUGAUGUGUCACCUGCUGGUGGGAAUUCCGUACCUGCUGUCCACCAUCUUACUUGCGCUCAUAUAUAGAGACAGGAAGAGAGCUCGGACAGUUCCAGACAGAAGAAGCAGCAAUGACGUCAUCAUGGAAAUAGUGGCUUAGAAGUUUGUUAUUUGUUUGUUUUGUUUUACCUACAUAGCUCACUGUGUCUGCGGUUUAUUGAAACAACAGCAGGAGGUUCAAUAGUUUGUCUCAUCGGCAGAGAUGAGUUCUGCAAUGACCAAGGCGAGAAACGUAAACACAUUUUUGAAGCAAUUCACUUCAAAUUUCUCCCGUCAACAUUGUGAAAAUUCUGAUUCAAACCAGACCGAAUGUCUUCACACUGUAAUUUCUGACUUUUUUCAGAAUUUUGCUGCAGUGGUGGAACGGUCUGUGCAGAGACUAUGCGAGCGUUAUUUCUCGGAACUGACAAAAACAGAGAGGAUGUUAAGCAUGAAACCACAAACAGGCUAGCAGACCGACGUAUAAAACAAAUAAAACACCUGGAGUGGAAACGAG